AUGUAUUCUAGUCAUCUCGUUAUCCUAAGAACUAAGAGAUGGAUUUCUGCCAAACUUGAGUCAUACAAUGAGAAACCAGUGUUCGAUCUAUGCCCUGGUGACCAGGAUGUCACCACAGACAUUGGUUAUCCUACAGCUGUGGUAAACUGGACGCAACCUACAGCAACAGAUAACUCUGGUAUUCAUACAUUGACAUCCACUCACAAUUCUGGCGAAAACUUUACAAUUGGAAACAACACAGUCACCUACAACGCAACCGAUGAUGCAGGAAAUACAGAAACAUGCACCUUCUUUGUAAUUGUAUCUGACAAUGAGAAACCAGUCUUCGAUCUAUGCCCUGGUGACCAGGAUGUCACCACAGACAUUGGUUAUCCUACAGCUGUGGUAAACUGGACGUCACCUACAGCAUCAGAUAACGUUGGUAUUCAGACACUGACGUCCACUCACAAUUCUGGAGAAAACUUUACGAUUGGAAACAACACAGUCACCUACAACGCAACCGAUGAUGCAGGAAAUACAGAAACAUGCACCUUCUUUGUAAUUGUAUCUGACAAUGAGAAACCAGUCUUCGAUCUAUGCCCUGGUGACCAGGAUGUCACCACAGACAUUGGUUAUCCCACAGCUGUGGUAAACUGGACGUCACCUACAGCAUCAGAUAACGUUGGUAUUCAGACACUGACGUCCACUCACAAUUCUGGAGAAAACUUUACAAUUGGAAACAACACAGUCACCUACAACGCAACCGAUGAUGCAGGAAAUACAGAAACAUGCACCUUCUUUGUAAUUGUAUCUGACAAUGAGAAACCAGUCUUCGAUCUAUGCCCUAGUGACCAGGAUGUCACCACAGACAUUGGUUAUCCUACAGCUGUGGUAAACUGGACUCUACCUACAGCAACAGAUAACUCUGGUAUUCCUACACUGACAUCCACUCACAAUUCUGGGGAAAACUUUACAGUUGGAAACAAUACAGUCACCUACUACGCAACCGAUGAUGCAGGAAAUACAGAAACAUGCACCUUCUUUGUAAUUGUAUCUGACAAUGAGAAACCAGUCUUCGAUCUAUGCCCUGGUGACCAGGAUGUCACCACAGACAUUGGUUAUCCUACAGCUGUGGUAAACUGGACGCAACCUACAGCAACAGAUAACUCUGGUAUUCAUACAUUGACAUCCACUCACAAUUCUGGGCAAAACUUUACGAUUGGAAACAACACAGUAACCUACAACGCAACCGAUGAUGCAGGAAAUACAGAAACAUGCACCUUCUUUGUAAUUGUAUCCGACAAUGAGAAACCAGUCUUCGAUCUAUGCCCUGGUGACCAGGAUGUCACUACAGACAUUGGUUAUCCUACAGCUGUGGUAAACUGGACGCAACCUACAGCAACAGAUAACUCUGGUAUUCAUACAUUGACGUCCACUCACAAUUCUGGAGAAAACUUUACAAUUGGAAACAACACAGUCACCUACAACGCAACCGAUGAUGCAGGAAAUACAGAAACAUGCACCUUCUUUGUAAUUGUAUCUGACAAUGAGAAACCAGUCUUCGAUCUAUGCCCUAGUGACCAGGAUGUCACCACAGACAUUGGUUAUCCUACAGCUGUGGUAAACUGGACGUCACCUACAGCAACAGAUAACAUUGGUAUUCAGACACUGACGUCCACUCACAAUUCUGGAGAAAACUUUACAAUUGGAAACAGCACAGUCACCUACAAUGCAACCGAUGAUGCAGGAAAUACAGAAACAUGCACCUUCUUUGUAAUAGUAUCUGACAACGAGAAACCAGUCUUCGAUCUAUGCCCUGGUGACCAGGAUGUCAAUACAGACAUUGGUUAUCCCACAGCUGUGGUAAACUGGACGUCACCUACAGCAUCAGAUAACGUUGGUAUUGAGACACUGACGUCCACUCACAAUUCUGGAGAAAACUUUACGAUUGGAAACAACACAGUCACCUACAACGCAACCGAUGAUGCAGGAAAUACAGAAACAUGCACCUUCUUUAUAAUUGUAUCUGACAAUGAGAAACCAGUCUUCGAUCUAUGCCCUAGUGACCAGGAUGUCACCACAGACAUUGGUUAUCCUACAGCUGUGGUAAACUGGACUCUACCUACAGCAACAGAUAACUCUGGUAUUCCUACACUGACAUCCACUUACAAUUCUGGGGAAAACUUUACAGUUGGAAACAAUACAGUCAUCUACAACGCAACCGAUGAUGCAGGAAAUACAGAAACAUGCACCUUCUUUGUAAUUGUAUCCGACAAUGAGAAACCAGUCUUCGAUCUAUGCCCUGGUGACCAGGAUGUCAUUACAGACAUUGGUUAUCCUACAGCUGUGGUAAACUGGACGCAACCUACAGCAACAGAUAACUCUGGUAUUCAUACAUUGACGUCCACUGACAAUUCUGGAGAAAACUUUACAAUUGGAAACAACACAGUCACCUACAACGCAACCGAUGAUGCAGGAAAUACAGAAACAUGCACCUUCUUUGUAAUUGUAUCUGACAAUGAGAAACCAGUCUUCGAUCUAUGCCCUAGUGACCAGGAUGUCACCACAGACAUUGGUUAUCCUACAGCUGUGGUAAACUGGACGUCACCUACAGCAACAGAUAACGUUGGUAUUCAGACACUGACGUCCACUCACAAUUCUGGAGAAAACUUUACAAUUGGAAACAGCACAGUCACCUACAAUGCAACCGAUGAUGCAGGAAAUACAGAAACAUGCACCUUCUUUGUAAUAGUAUCUGACAAUGAGAAACCAGUCUUCGAUCUAUGCCCUAGUGACCAGGAUGUCACCACAGACAUUGGUUAUCCUACAGCUGUGGUAAACUGGACUCUACCUACAGCAACAGAUAACUCUGGUAUUCCUACACUGACAUCCACUUACAAUUCUGGGGAAAACUUUACAGUUGGAAACAAUACAGUCAUCUACAACGCAACCGAUGAUGCAGGAAAUACAGAAACAUGCACCUUCUUUGUAAUUGUAUCCGACAAUGAGAAACCAGUCUUCGAUCUAUGCCCUGGUGACCAGGAUGUCAUUACAGACAUUGGUUAUCCUACAGCUGUGGUAAACUGGACGCAACCUACAGCAACAGAUAACUCUGGUAUUCAUACAUUGACGUCCACUGACAAUUCUGGAGAAAACUUUACAAUUGGAAACAACACAGUCACCUACAACGCAACCGAUGAUGCAGGAAAUACAGAAACAUGCACCUUCUUUGUAAUUGUAUCUGACAAUGAGAAACCAGUCUUCGAUCUAUGCCCUAGUGACCAGGAUGUCACCACAGACAUUGGUUAUCCUACAGCUGUGGUAAACUGGACGUCACCUACAGCAACAGAUAACGUUGGUAUUCAGACACUGACGUCCACUCACAAUUCUGGAGAAAACUUUACAAUUGGAAACAGCACAGUCACCUACAAUGCAACCGAUGAUGCAGGAAAUACAGAAACAUGCACCUUCUUUGUAAUAGUAUCUGACAAUGAGAAACCAGUCUUCGAUCUAUGCCCUGGUGACCAGGAUGUCAAUACAGACAUUGGUUAUCCCACAGCUGUGGUAAACUGGACGUCACCUACAGCAUCAGAUAACGUUGGUAUUGAGACACUGACGUCCACUCACAAUUCUGGAGAAAACUUUACGAUUGGAAACAACACAGUCACCUACAACGCAACCGAUGAUGCAGGAAAUACAGAAACAUGCACCUUCUUUAUAAUUGUAUCUGACAAUGAGAAACCAGUCUUCGAUCUAUGCCCUAGUGACCAGGAUGUCACCACAGACAUUGGUUAUCCUACAGCUGUGGUAAACUGGACUCUACCUACAGCAACAGAUAACUCUGGUAUUCCUACACUGACAUCCACUUACAAUUCUGGGGAAAACUUUACAGUUGGAAACAAUACAGUCAUCUACAACGCAACCGAUGAUGCAGGAAAUACAGAAACAUGCACCUUCUUUGUAAUUGUAUCCGACAAUGAGAAACCAGUCUUCGAUCUAUGCCCUGGUGACCAGGAUGUCAUUACAGACAUUGGUUAUCCUACAGCUGUGGUAAACUGGACGCAACCUACAGCAACAGAUAACUCUGGUAUUCAUACAUUGACGUCCACUGACAAUUCUGGAGAAAACUUUACAAUUGGAAACAACACAGUCACCUACAACGCAACCGAUGAUGCAGGAAAUACAGAAACAUGCACCUUCUUUGUAAUUGUAUUUGACAAUGAGAAACCAGUCUUCGAUCUAUGCCCUAGUGACCAGGAUGUCACCACAGACAUUGGUUAUCCUACAGCUGUGGUAAACUGGACGUCACCUACAGCAACAGAUAACGUUGGUAUUCAGACACUGACGUCCACUCACAAUUCUGGAGAAAACUUUACAAUUGGAAACAGCACAGUCACCUACAAUGCAACCGAUGAUGCAGGAAAUACAGAAACAUGCACCUUCUUUGUAAUAGUAUCUGACAAUGAGAAACCAGUCUUCGAUCUAUGCCCUAGUGACCAGGAUGUCACCACAGACAUUGGUUAUCCUACAGCUGUGGUAAACUGGACUCUACCUACAGCAACAGAUAACUCUGGUAUUCCUACACUGACAUCCACUUACAAUUCUGGGGAAAACUUUACAGUUGGAAACAAUACAGUCAUCUACAACGCAACCGAUGAUGCAGGAAAUACAGAAACAUGCACCUUCUUUGUAAUUGUAUCCGACAAUGAGAAACCAGUCUUCGAUCUAUGCCCUGGUGACCAGGAUGUCAUUACAGACAUUGGUUAUCCUACAGCUGUGGUAAACUGGACGCAACCUACAGCAACAGAUAACUCUGGUAUUCAUACAUUGACGUCCACUGACAAUUCUGGAGAAAACUUUACAAUUGGAAACAACACAGUCACCUACAACGCAACCGAUGAUGCAGGAAAUACAGAAACAUGCACCUUCUUUGUAAUUGUAUCUGACAAUGAGAAACCAGUCUUCGAUCUAUGCCCUAGUGACCAGGAUGUCACCACAGACAUUGGUUAUCCUACAGCUGUGGUAAACUGGACGUCACCUACAGCAACAGAUAACGUUGGUAUUCAGACACUGACGUCCACUCACAAUUCUGGAGAAAACUUUACAAUUGGAAACAGCACAGUCACCUACAAUGCAACCGAUGAUGCAGGAAAUACAGAAACAUGCACCUUCUUUGUAAUAGUAUCUGACAAUGAGAAACCAGUCUUCGAUCUAUGCCCUGGUGACCAGGAUGUCAAUACAGACAUUGGUUAUCCCACAGCUGUGGUAAACUGGACGUCACCUACAGCAUCAGAUAACGUUGGUAUUGAGACACUGACGUCCACUCACAAUUCUGGAGAAAACUUUACGAUUGGAAACAACACAGUCACCUACAACGCAACCGAUGAUGCAGGAAAUACAGAAACAUGCACCUUCUUUAUAAUUGUAUCUGACAAUGAGAAACCAGUCUUCGAUCUAUGCCCUAGUGACCAGGAUGUCACCACAGACAUUGGUUAUCCUACAGCUGUGGUAAACUGGACUCUACCUACAGCAACAGAUAACUCUGGUAUUCCUACACUGACAUCCACUUACAAUUCUGGGGAAAACUUUACAGUUGGAAACAAUACAGUCAUCUACAACGCAACCGAUGAUGCAGGAAAUACAGAAACAUGCACCUUCUUUGUAAUUGUAUCCGACAAUGAGAAACCAGUCUUCGAUCUAUGCCCUGGUGACCAGGAUGUCAUUACAGACAUUGGUUAUCCUACAGCUGUGGUAAACUGGACGCAACCUACAGCAACAGAUAACUCUGGUAUUCAUACAUUGACGUCCACUGACAAUUCUGGAGAAAACUUUACAAUUGGAAACAACACAGUCACCUACAACGCAACCGAUGAUGCAGGAAAUACAGAAACAUGCACCUUCUUUGUAAUUGUAUUUGACAAUGAGAAACCAGUCUUCGAUCUAUGCCCUAGUGACCAGGAUGUCACCACAGACAUUGGUUAUCCUACAGCUGUGGUAAACUGGACGUCACCUACAGCAACAGAUAACGUUGGUAUUCAGACACUGACGUCCACUCACAAUUCUGGAGAAAACUUUACAAUUGGAAACAGCACAGUCACCUACAACGCAACCGAUGAUGCAGGAAAUACAGAAACAUGCACCUUCUUUGUAAUAGUAUCUGGAAAAAUACCGGAAACCACACCAACCACUCCUCCACCAAAACUCUAUUUCCCAUAUGGAGAUUCUAUCCAGCAAACAGUUUUCCAGACAGCUGCACUCGAUUUCAUGACUGUGGAAAUAGAAACUGGAAUACCUAUAGGCGAGAAUUCAUUGUACUCCUUCGUGACGGCCACAACAACAGGAGUUAUCCAGUUUUCUAAGCAACGUCCUACAAGAAUGAUGCUCACUCAAUUCACAAAUCCUUCAAGAUUCGAGUUAAUAGAUCUAUACGUAUCAGAUCCUGCUGUUGCCGUGUUUGGGGCACCUGUCAACGCUUAUAUUGGCAGCCCGAGUUUAUAUCAUGAGGUGUUCGAAAGCAGCACCGACGCAGUAUUUUUCUCACUCCUGAGGAACAGACUGAGAACAUUAGAGGCAAGUCCAUGGGGCGCGGAUAACAAUGAUGUUAUUAAUACGCUUAGCACUGCUGUGAUGUUUACAUGGAAGGACUUUCAACCUCACGGUUCAAUUUCUGGGGAAGAGGUGGCGACGUACCAGGCAAUAGUAUUUACUAACGGAGCAAGAACAGGCGUACUGAUGUUCUAUGAGCAAGGUAGUUUCAGCUGGGAUCCCCAAUCGAAGGCGGUUCCAGUUAGGAUUGGUUACAAUUCUAAGUAUACGUGGGCGAACCGGUUACUAGAAUCCGAUCUUAACGCAAGCUACAAACCAGACCAGUCUAUUGGAUCACAGUCAGGGACUCAGGGAAUACUGAUUUACAGACUCGACAACAACCCAAGCACGUUCAUUAACUCAGGUCUGUUUUGCUCUAACUGGUACCUGGAAGACCAAGCCACCCUCUGGCCACCCUUGUGGUUCCGAUUUUUCUUUACACCUCCAUGUCCGUGUUCUGUUUGGCAGGCCAUAUUUGAUCGAAGAUAUGGUUCCUGCAAUUAUUUAUUUGACCAAUCAGACCUGUCUGUGCAGAAUAGUAUUUUCCUUGGUCUCUUCAUCCCAUACUGCCAACAAAGCCGAUGGCUGCCUUUCGGGGGUAGCUACCGAUGUACGUACUUCUUUGGGCUUCUACCUGGCUACAUAAUCGACAUAUGGUGGAGUUCUCAUUAUGAGGCGUAUACAUACUCGUAUCAACGGUGGCUUGCAAAUGAUGUGCUCCCAAGGUAUCACUGCUGCCAAGUAGCUGGUGGAGAUUUCUGUGAUUUGUACGAGGAAAGACGCCCUCCGUCUACAUGCUCACGAUAUAGACCUCCGCGAUCUGCAUGGUCGUGGGGCGACCCCCACAUCAACACAUUGGAUGGAAGAAUGUAUUCUUUCAAUGGUCUUGGGGAAUACAUUAUGUUGAAAUACAACGAUAACGAUACAUUCGUUCUGCAGGCCAGGACUGGCAAAGCCUUCAACAAUAGCAAGCCUGUCGAAACAGGAACUGUUUUCACCGGUUUCGCUGCUACACAGGGCAUUACAGUGGUGGAGUUUUCCCUAAAUGACAACAGAACUGUCAUGAGGAUUCUCGUUAACAGAACCGACGAGAUUACCGACUUGACCGAGUUAGAAGGAGACGGCUAUGCCUCUGCAGAUUCUUCGUUUUCAUUGACGCGUGAGAACGGAACCACUGCGGACGAAAUCAAGGUCAAUGCUUACUUUCAGGUUGGUGACACGCCCGCUACAUCUUUCACCGUGACCUUUUCUAGCGGGUUUCUUCUCGCGACCGUCGAAGCACCGCCGGAUUACGAAGAAGAUGGACCUGGCAGAGGUCUUCUGGGCAAUUUGAAUGGCGAUAGUUCAGAUGAUUUCUUGCUCCGAGACGGCACCACUCUUGAGGAUUCGCUAGCCACAAACCUCACGGACAAGGAGAUAUUUGGCUUUGGACAGUCAUGGCAAGUCAGCGAGGUCGAGUCCCUGUUCGAUUACAGCGAGAGGAACUGGACCUACUACAACCCCGCGAACUACACACCGAUUUUCCUGAGUGAUCUUCUGGCUCAGGACCCCGAGCGGACAGCUGCUGCAAAGGAGACAUGCGGUGACGAUGAAAUGUGCUUGUUUGACUACCUUGCCGUAAGCCCAGAACUGGGAGCUAUGACAAUGGAGGCCGGGAAUACAUUUGAUGACAACCUUGCCAACCUAGAAAAUUUCCCGCCGAAUGUAACUAUGAUCACUGAUACCAACAAUGUUCUUCAGGAAAAAGAGAAAGUACUAUGUGUCACAGUUAACGAAACUGUUCAGCUGAUGUUUACGGCUGAAGAUCCUAAUGACGGGGAUAUGGUCAAUUUUACUUUAGCUGACUCUGUUCCAGAUGGUGCAACUAUCAGUGCUGAUGGCUCUUUUGAGUGGACACCAUCGAGUCUCAAUGUAUCAAGGAUUGAGGUCAUGGUCAGCGAUGACCGAGGUGCGCAAACAGUGGUCUCCUUUAAGGUCAAGAUCUGUGAAUGCAUGAACGAGGGCGUAUGUGACUUCCAGACCCAAGCCGUAGGCCAGAAUCUCAAUGCUAAUGGAUACGCGGUUGUCACGUGCAAUUGUACCAUCGGGUGGUCAGGUGACCAUUGUGAGGUAGAAUUCGACGCCUGCGCAGGGUCUCCCUGCUACGAAUCGGUACUAUGUAUGGACAAACCCGCUGGGGAGUCGCCUGAAUUUCAGUGUGGUGACUGCCCGCCAGGCCUGCAGGGUGACGGAGAAACAUGCUAUGAUGUCAACGAAUGUGAAAGCAACACGACCAACGACUGUGAGCACACCUGUCACAACAUCCUCUAUGAAUACUACUGUUCUUGCGACGAUGGAUUUACUCUUUCUCUGGAUACACACUCGUGUAUAGACAACGAAGGUUGUACACCUACUGCAAUGAACAAUACUGGUUCUCUGAAUUGUACAUGUGACCCUGGUUACGAGUUUGAUAAUGGAACAUGUUCAGAUUUUGACGAAUGUUCGGAAGGAGUUCAGAAUGAUUGCCCUGAAGUUUCAACAUGUGUAAAUACAGAUGGGAACUACUUUUGUGACUGCAUGGAUGGAUAUAAUACAGUCAACAAAACAAAGUCAUGCGAAGAUAUCGAUGAGUGUGCUACUGGCAACCACAUGUGCAAUGGAACUUUGAAUCGUGUGUGCAUGAACACCGUGGGGAACCACACCUGUAUCUGUAAUACGAGUUAUGCCCUUGUCAACGGAUCAUGCGAAUCGGCUACAUCGUUAACUCUGGAACUGAGGUUAGACUUCAUCAACGACAUAGCAAUCCAGUAUUAUACAGACACUGAACAAAACCGGAACCGACUAGCCGAACAGGUGUUUAACCAGCUUAACAGUACAUCUGUUAUUGGAGAUGGGAACCUUGCAGAUGUUAUUGUGACUAAUUAUACCGUGGUCGGUGGCAGCGCUUUCGUCGAGUUCCGGAUCGACUCAUUCAACUCUGAACUGAACGCUACCUUCUUAGAGUCUGUGUUCACUGACUCCCUUCCGCCUAACCGAGUAUUUGGUUCAAAUAACCGGAUCGUCGCACAAGACGUCAACGAGUGUAAAGAGUUUUCCGAUGCUUGCCGUAAUGGGGAUUGUACAAACACUGAUGGAAGUUUCUACUGCACGUGUAAUGAAGGCUUCCUCGGAACGGGAACAGAUUCUUGUGAAGAUAUAAACGAAUGUCUGAAGGAGAAUGACUGCCAGCAAAUAUGUUACAACACGGAUGGUGGAUACACAUGCGCAUGCUCGGAUGGAUACGAGAUGGAUGGCGAAUUUAAUUGCACGGAUAUUGACGAAUGCUCCAGGAAUUCAUCGGCCUGUGAUUCUGAAAAUGGAGUGUGUAUGAACUCAGUCGGCUCUUACAACUGUUCAUGCAACCCUGGAUAUGAAUUGAGCAAUGAUAACAUUACUUGCAAUGAUACUGACGAAUGCUCUGCAAGUCCAUCUGUCUGUGAUUCUGACAAUGGAGUGUGUAUGAACUCGGCUGGCUCUUACAACUGUUCAUGCAACCCUGGAUAUGAAUUGAGCAAUGAUAACAUUACUUGCAAUGAUACUGACGAAUGCUCUGCAAUUCCAUCUGUCUGUGAUUCUGACAAUGGAGUAUGUAUGAACUCAAUCGGCUCUUAUAACUGUUCAUGCAACCCUGGAUAUGAAUUGAGCAAUGAUAACAUUACUUGCAAUGAAACUACACCUGGAACAACACCGGAAACAACACCGGUAACAACACCGGUUACAACACCGGUAACAACAUUGGUAACAACAACGGGAACAACAACGGGAUCGACACCAGUAACAACACCAGCUACAACAACAGGAACAACACCGGGAACAACACAGGUAACAACAUCGGUAACAACACCAGGUACAACAACGGGAACAACACCGGGAUCGACACCGGUAACAACACCAGCUACAACAACGGGAACAACACCGGGUACAACACCGGUAACAACAUCGGUAACAACACCAGGUACAACAACGGGAACAACACCGGGAUCGACACCGGUAACAACACCAGCUACAACAACAGGAACAACACCGGGAACAACACAGGUAACAACUACGGUAACAACACCGGGUACAACACCGGUAACAACAUCGGUAACAACACCAGGUACAACAACGGGAACAACACCGGGAUCGACAUCGGUAACAACACCAGCUACAACAACAGGAACAACACCGGGAACAACACGGGUAACAACACCAGGUACAACACUGGUAACAACACCGGGAUCGACACCGGUAACAACAUCAGGAACAACACCGGGAUCGACACCAGCAACAACAACGGGAACGACACCUGGAACAACACCGGGAACAACACUGGUAACAACUACGGUAACAACACCGGGUACAACACCGGUAACAACAUUGGUAACAACACCAGGUACAACAAUGGGAACAACACCGGGAUCGACACCGGUAACAUUACCAGCUACAACAACGGGAACAACACCGGGAACAACACAGGUAAGAACUACAGUAACAACACCGGGUACAACACCGGUAACAACAUCGGUAACAACAACAGGUACAACAACGGGAACAACACCGGGAUCGACACCCGUAACAACACCAGCUACAACAACAGGAACAACACCGGGAACAACACGGGUAACAACACCGGGAUCGACACCAGCAACAACAACGGGAACGACACCGGGAACAACACCGGCAACAACACUGGGAACAACACCGGGAACAACACCGGAUACAGCACCUAAAACACCACCAGGAACCACACCAGAUACGACACUGGGAACAACUCCAGGUACUACACCAGAUGUUGUGAUUUUGAUUGUCAUCACCUUCCGUAACACAUACACGAGCGAUCUCGCAGACUCAUCGUCUCUUGCGUUCAUGAAUUUGGCAAAUGCUCUCUGCAACCGUUUGACAGAGUAUUUCAGGAGCCUGACGAGUGGUGAUGUCAUGUGCGCAAUAUUAAAGUUCACAAACGGCAGUAUAGUGGCAGAUGUUAACCUGACCUUCCCUGCUGACAGCGCCUCCGAGGCACAGAUCAUCAUGAAUAAUGUCAUAAACGUUACCGCGAUGGAUAUAGGAAAUUUUGCAGUUGGCACCGAAGUAUACUUCCCAAUUGGCGUCGGCUCAAAUGCUCCUGAGCCUACUACAAUGCAAACAGAGACAACAACAGAGCCACGAGGAUUGUCUAAUGGAGCGAUCAUCGCUAUCGUGCUGGGUGUGUUUGCAAGUCUCCUUAUCCUCAUCGUCUGCUCGUGUGGUUUCUUGAUACAGGCAUCGCGGAGGAACGCAGCUAAGUUUGCUGUAGGAGAGACUUACCAAAGUCCAUACAGCAGGCAAACCCCUGCCCCUUCUUUUUACGGUGAUGAUCCAUGGGAGGAUUCGGCGAGCUAUAAUUCUCUCGAUCGCCGUGAAUAUGCAGUUAGCCGAGCGGUAGAAAGACUCGCACACGACCGUGAACGCAGACAAGGGAACGAUCAAUUCCAGACACCAUACGUCGUUGGAGGAGAUUACAAUCGUGGGGUUGAACGGAACCCUUUCUACUACUGAAGAAAUGUAUCAGACGCUGGAUCAGGAAAUCAAUGAUUAUUAUUUUUUAUUUUUUUAAGAAGGCUCUGGAAAAGAUUAAGAAAUUGUUUAUGAGCUGUUUGUAGGGAUAUUAUAUGGAGGAAAAAAGUGCCUCCUGAAACAAAUUCCAUUUAAAAUGCCUAAAUAUUCAACAUAAUUUUGACCAAAAAAUUCUAACGUUUUGGGACUUUCAGCAAUACUGAGGCAAUCUGUUAUUAUUUUGAUGAUUCUAAAACCUAACAGAAAACACCAAUUCUUCUAUGCUAACUGCAUAACUUUUUUUCCAAUCACUAUCAAACACUUUCUUUAACAAUCCAGUCACAUGACCAGAACCGAACUUUAUCUUUAAGUAGCAUCAUUUUGUUACUUUUAUCACUCAUUUUGCAUUUGCAUUUUUUUUCCUUAAUCUGAUUAUCAAAUCACCCACUGAAUGAUGUAAUCAUUCAUUCUUUUCAUGUAGUGUUGCUAUAAUUAUAUGUAAGGCAAUGAAAACUUGCUUUUGGGAGAGACAGGGUUUUGUCUGAUUUUAGCUAACAAAUUUAUAAUCAGAUGAAAACUAUGACGAUGUCUAGUUAUGUUAUAUAUAUUUAAUCUGGAAGUACAAGUAUAAUGUUAAUGUACCGGGCUUACAGGUGUAACAGUAGUUUAAGUGUAGCUGUGAAUUUUUAAUCACUUUAAAACAAGUAAGAAGUAUACCCAGUAUUCUAUGGAUGAAUGGUUCAGGAGUAUAAAGAUAACAUGUAGGACAACUUUAGAAAAUGCCUUCGCACAGAACAUAAAAGGACAUAAGUCGUUGUUGUUGUUCUUUAUCUUGAAGUAGCGCCAUUUUUAUAUUUGCAUCACUCAUUUUGUGUUAGCAUUUUUGUUGGUAAUCUGCUUAUCAAAUCACCUGCAACUGAAUAAUUUAUUCAUCCAUUUAUUUCAUAUAUCUAUAUAUAUAUAUAUUGCUAUUAUUAUGUGUAAGGCAAUGUAUACUUGCUUUUGGGAGAAACAGGGUUUUGUCUUUUUUUAGCUUACAUAUUUAUAAUCGGAUGAAAACUAUGACGAUGUCUAGUUAUGUUAUAUAUAUUUAAUCUGGAAGUACAUGUAUGAUGUUAAUGUACUGGGCUUACAGGUGUAAUAGUAGUCUAAGUGCAGCUAUUUAUUUUUAAUCACUUUAAAAAGUAAGUAGUUACCCAGUAUUCUACAAAUUAAUGGUUCAGGAGUAUAAAGAUAACAUAUGUCGGACAACUUUAGAAAAUGCCUUCGCACAGACCCUAAGAAGGACAUAAGUUGUUGUUGUUGUUCUUUAUCUUGAAGCAGCGCCAUUUUGAUAUUUGCAUCACUCAUUUUUUUGUGAGCAGUUUUUGUUGGUAAUCUGCUUAUCAAAUAACCUUCCGCUGAAUAAUUUAUUCAUUCAUUCGUUUGUUUAUUUGAUGUAUAAUUUAUAUACCGGUAUAUAUAUAUAUAUAUAUAUAUUGCAAUAAUUAUGUGUAAGGCAAUGAAUACUUGCUUUUGGGAGAGACAGGGUUUUGUCUUUUUUUAGCUUACAUAUUUAUAAUCGGAUGAAAACUAUGACGAUGUCUAGUUAUUUUAUAUAUAAAUAUUUAUAAUCUGGUAGUACAUGUAUAAUGUUAAUGUACCGGGCCUACAGAUGCAUUGGUAGUUGAAGUGAAGCUGUUUAUUUUUAAUCACUUUAAAAAAUUUUAAAAAAAGGAGUUACCCAAGUAUUCUAUGAAUGAUUGGUUCAGGAAUAUAAAGAUAAAAAUUACUCAGGACAACUUUAGAAAGUGCCUUCGCACAGAACCUAAGAAGGACGAAAGUCGUUGCUGGUAUUUUUUAUAUUUGUUUGGCAACCAGUCUGCAGUAAUUAUAAUUGCCACAAAUAGUCUUUUUGAUAUUGGUUGAUGGUUUGUUUUUACCUCAGACUUCUAAGAAAUCAUGUGUAUGCUUCUAUGUGUGAGCUUACCAAAGAGCACUAGUGCAUCGACUUCGUAUCAAACCAGGGACCUCCCGAUUACGAAUAAAGGACUAUAUUUUGCAUCAUA